AUGAGAGCUGAGAACCUCACCUUGGCGACAGAGUUCAUCUUGGAGGGACUCACCAAUGAUCGCAGCACACAGAUCCUGCUCUUCAUUGUAAUCCUCAUCAUUUACUUGGUUACUGUAGCAGGGAACCUGGUGAUCAUCCUGUUGGUGCAAGUGGACUCCUCUCUCCACACACCCAUGUACUUCUUCCUCACCAAUCUUUCAGGCCUAGAAAUUUGUUAUGUCACCAGCACUGUGCCCCAAAUGCUGGCUCACCUCCUGACUGGGAACGGGGUCAUCUCCUUCACCCGCUGUGCAGCCCAGAUGUACAUUUCUUUGUCCCUGGGAUGCACUGAAUGUAUCCUGUUAGGCGCCAUGGCCUAUGACCGCUACUUGGCCAUCUGCAGUCCCCUGGUCUACGCUGUGGCCAUGGGCAGGGGGCAACAAUGGCAGCUUGCCACCGCCUCUUGGGCAGGUGGGUUCCUCAUUGCGAUGGUAGACGUGGUCUCCACUCUUUGCCUCCCAUUCUGUGGGACCAACCACAUCAACCACUUCUUCUGCGAGGUACCAGUAUUGUUGAAACUUGCAUGUGGCGACACCAAAAUAAUAGAGUUAGCCAUUUUUAUGGUGGCUACACUAGUCCUUCUAGUUCCCCUGUCUGUUAUCCUGACUUCUUAUGGGCUCAUUCUGUCUUCUGUAUUACACAUGAAGUCAGCUGCGGGAAGAAGCAAAGCUUUCUCCACAUGUGCCUCACAUCUGAUAGUCGUCACCUUGUUCUAUGGCACCAUCAUCUCCAUGUACAUGAGACCCCAAUCAGGGGCAGCUCCUGAUUUUGACAAGCAAAUUGCCAUCUUUUACAUUGUGGUCACCCCCUUGCUCAACCCUAUAAUUUACACCCUACGGAACAAGGACAUCCAUGCAGCAGUGGUUAAAAUGCUGAGAAGGAAGAGUUUGCUACAAAAGGUUAUGCUUUGA